AGUUUGGUGUUGGUGCCCGAGGUUGGGUUGUGGGCGGUGUGGGUUGCCUGAGGCCCAUGGAUUCAUUGUCCAAGAGCAGCUCGUCGUCGUCGAUACAGCUGUCACGAGACGAUGCCAGCCAGCCGCCGCCGAUCCCUGCCAACCUGGGCGGUGUGCCGCGGACGGACCAGCUGCCCGGUCACAGGCACCGCUGGAACACCAACGAGGAGAUCGCCGGUAUUCUAAUCAACUUCGAGUCCCACAAUGAAUGGCUCUCCAAGGAAGUAAAGAUCAGACCAUGCAGCGGCUCGCUGAUGCUCUACAGCCGGAAAAAGGUCCGCUACAGGCGCGACGGCUACUGCUGGAAAAAGCGCAAAGACGGCAAGACCACGCGCGAGGACCAUAUGAAGCUCAAGGUUCAGGGCAUUGAGUGCAUUUACGGCUGCUACGUGCACUCGGCUAUCCUGCCGACUUUCCAUCGGCGCUGCUAUUGGCUCCUUCAGAACCCGGACAUUGUGCUGGUGCACUACCUGAACGUGCCGUACCCGGACGACAACAAGAUGCUGCUGGCGCCCAGCCUGUCCCUGUGGACCGAGCGCAAGGAGUGGACGCAUGACGAGCUCGUCUCCCAGCUGCGGCCCAUGUUUUCGAGCCUUCAGGGUGACACCGACCACCUGGAUAACACCCUGGACAGCUCGGUGUCGACCACGGUGGAGCUGAUCGUGGACCAGCUGCUGGAGCGGCAGCGGCAGGUGCGCAGCACACAGGCGGUGGCGCAGCUGCAGUGCGGCUGCUCGGAGACCAGCUGCUGCCCCGGCGGUGUCCACUGCGCCAACCCGCUGCGGCGGGUGACCACCUCGGGCGCCGUGUCCACGGUGACGGUGUCGUCCAGCCGCGCGCCGCUGGCGGCCGAGCCGCCGUCCGGCGCCGGGCCGCCGCUCGUACUGAACCUGAAGGCGCUGCAGGGCGGCACCGGCUACCUGCUGGUGCCCAGCGGCGCCGCGGCCGCAGCCGCCGCCGGAGCCGCUGCUGUCGAGUGUGAGACAGUCGAGUCGCCGCUACCUCCGCCGGUGGAGGACACGCCUCCGCCGGCGACGGCGACCACCUCGUCAGCGACGGCCGACGGCCAGCCGUGGUCGCCCUCCGCAGACCAGGACCUGUUCAAAGCUACGUUCGACCUAUCGCUGGACGACAUUCAGCGCACACUGUGUGCCAGCAUGCCGUCUGACCUGGACAUGUCCCAGCUGGAGUCCAGCGAGCGGCACGACCAGGCGGCGCUGCUGGACGCCCUCCACUGCCUGGACGACUUCGACUUUGACGGUCUGGAGCCCGAGGAGCGCCCGCGGCCGGGCUCGCGGCAGCCCAGCCGGCAACAGUCGCCGCACCCGCAGCCGGAGAGCGGCCCGCAGCCGCGGCUCGGCUCGCCGGCCGGCUCCGUCACCCUGGUGGCCGACCCGCCCGAGACCAGCCCCGUGAAGAGCGAGGUAGACAAGUCGUGUGUCAACAUGGAGUACCGCGAGGGCACGGCCAACAUCACCGACUUCAGCCCUGAGUGGGCCUACCCAGAGGGCGGUAUCAAGGUGCUGGUGACGGGUCCGUGGUACGCCACCUCGUCCCCGUACUCGGUACUAUUUGACGGCGUCUCGGUACCCACCCAGCUGGUUCAGAGCGGUGUGCUGCGCUGCUUCUGCCCAGCGCACGACGUGGGUCCGGUACCGCUCCAGGUGGCCUGCGAGGGGUUCAUCAUCUCCAACGCGUGCCUGUUCGAGUACAAGAGCCGUCCGAGCGAGCAGGGUCCGGCGGCGUACCCGGUGUCGGCGCCGUUCCCCAGUCAGGACGACACGCUGGUCAAGGUGACCCUAAUGCAGCGCGUUCAGCUGAUCGAGUCCCGAACGGAGGGCGCCGCCAGCGGACAGUCGAGCAGCCCCCUGGCUGCUCUCUGCGGCCCGCAGCUGGAGGAGCUGCUGAUCGCCUACUGCCAGGACCUGAUGACGCGGCCGUGGCUGAGCGACCUCUCCAUCUGUGAGGACGCCGUACAGAGCGGCGCACCGUCCCUGCUGCACCUGGCCGCCCUGCUCGGCUACAGCAGGCUGGUGUGCUCGCUGCUGCACUGGCGGGCCGAGAACCCGUCCCUGUACCUGGAGUCUGAGGUGGACGCCGUGCGGACAGACCAGAACGGGGACACGCCGCUGGGUCUGACCUGUCAGCGGGGUCACACUGAGACGGCGCGCCUGCUCUACCAGUGGAACCACACCGCCAUCAGGAUGCGAAACUCAUGUGGCCAGACGCCCCUCGACCUGGCGCGGGAGGCGGGCCACACGCAGCUGGCCGAUGAGUUGGAGCGGAUUGACACGAUCCGUCAGAGAGCUCGCGAGCUGGACCGCAGUGAGAGGGUGUUCGCCCGGCCCGGCACCAAGUACAGGUCCGAGCUGUGGCGACAGCGCAACUUCAGCCUGGACCUGCCGUCCGGCUCGCCGCAGGACUCGUCGGCGGCGCGCCAGCUGCGCUCGUCAACCCCCAGUCCCCAGCGGGCGGCGGCGGCGCGGCGGGCGGGAGUCGACAGCGCGCGCAGCAGCAUCGACUCGGGCCUGGACACACUGCGGGGGGAGCGGAGCGCCUCUCUGCCAGUCACAUCGCCGGCCUGCAGCUCACGGUGCAGCGCGGCAGACAUCAGGGACUGGCCGUCGCCCAUGAUCUGCGAGAGUUCCCCGUCAGCCGACAUCAGUCAGACGUCGGAGCCGUCGGACCAGCACGUGCUGACGUUGGCCGAACACAUCAUCGCCGCUAUGCCGGAGAGGAUUAAGAUCGAGAGUGACGGCCAGUGGGAGCGCACCUCCUCUCCGGCCUCGGACCUGGCGUCGCUGCGCUCCGAGGCCAUGGAGGACGCCAUCGAACUGGCGGACAUCUCCGACACCAACUACCGGUGGGUGGACUACCGGUACUGCGAGGCGAGCACGCCGCAGUCGUCAGCCUCGCCGGCCUCCUCCUGUCUGCCGUCGCCUUGCUCGUUCUCCGUCCUGGACUCGUCACCGUCGCCGCCGCCCUCGGCCGCCGAUCUGGGGCAGUACUUCAAGGCGGGCCGGCGCGACUUUGCGCUCGACUUCUCCAGCCUGACGCUCUCGGACCGGGAGCAGCGCGAGCUCUACGAGGCGGCCAAGGUGAUCCAGAAGGCGUACCGCAGCUACAAGGGCCGAAAACGGGCCGAGGAGCAGGACCGCGAGAAACAGGCGGCCAUCGUCAUACAGAACUGCUACCGAAGGUACAAACAGUACUUUUACUACACUCAGAUGACUCGCGCAGCGCUAGUGAUCCAGAGCCGCUACCGCACCUACUGCGAGCACAAGCGGUUCAAAAAGUCGCAGGAAGCGGCCGUAUGCAUCCAGAACUACUACCGUCAGUACAAGGAGCAGGAGCGCCAGCGGCACGGCAGGGAGGGCACGCCCGGGUCGCUCAAGCGAACCUACUCCCAGAGGCGACAGCACCAAGCCGCCAUGAAGAUCCAGAACUUCAUGCGGCAGUCGAAAAAUAACCAAUGGGAGAUGUGGUUUGAAGACGUGAUUGCAGAGAGAGCGCGAGCUGGAAGCCGGAAGCGCGAGGCCCCCGGACCGGCCGGAGCCAGUAUGUGCCCCGCCAAAGUUCCCGCCCCCGCCUCCCGAUGCCAGCCGCUGAGCUCACCCUCCACCAGCUCUCUGCACAGUAGGAAGUGCUGACACGAGCUGCUCGGCCGGCCGCCGCCGCCUCGCGGUCCGUCGCGGAGGCUCUCGUUCCGCCAGCUGCCGGCAGAUGGCUUCCGCGUGCCGGCCGCGCCGCCCGUCUACCGGCGGGCGCUCAGCUUCGAGAGCUCGACGGUAGUGACGCACGAGACGGUGCUGCGGCGCGGCCGAGUGGGCGGCGUGGCGGGCGCCGCGCCGGAGCCGACGGGACGACCUGGACGGUCGGCCGGUCCGCAGUGACCUCCCCCGGGCUAGGACGGGGCAUCAGGGCGGCCGACGCCGCAGCUCGAGGGCUAUCUCCAUAGUCGGCGCACGCCGGGCCGGCGGGGACAGUCGCCGGCCGGGCCUCCCGCCAUCGGCACGCAAUCAAAACACGGUACUCCUCGCCGGUUGGAGGCGACCGGGGGCGUCAAUCCUCCCUUCUGGAGCCAUUUUGGGCCGUUUCUCUCGUAUGACGGUCGUGUUACACUGUUGAACGCUAGCCGGCAGUCCUGUUAUGUAGUGUUCGUUAUGAGAGCUGUUUACUGAGUCGUGUUAAGUGAGUGCGCCGUACCGAGUUACCUGCAGUCGUGUUACGGAGAGUGGAGCGGCCAGUUUCGCCGAGAGUUCAGAGUAGAGUUAGUCGGCGGGAGUUGGACCCGGUCAGGUCCGGCGCCGCCGCCGCUCCGCGACUCCGCGCCGUGUUAUUGUUGCUCACUCUUAUCUUGUUGCCAUCAUUGUUGCGCUCAAGUCCUCAUCUUUCUCGCUCUUCGUCAUCUUACUAUUCGAUUACCUCGUUGCUGGCGUGCUGUUUACGUAGGUGUAGUGAGAGCGAAUGGAAGGCGGACGUGUCUUCGAUGGAGUCCGAUGAGGGAAGAUGCAGUCCCGGACGGGGUCUGUCUGGUCAGUCGGCGUAGUGGAGACAAAGCUGCCCUGCCAAGGUCCAUGUGGAUCGGUACUAUCUAUCACAGAUUCUGAGAGACAUGUUCUGUCCCAUCAGGGCCUCUUGGGAGGCAGAGUUAAUCCUUUUGGGGUCUCUAGGAGGCAGAAUAUGUUUAUCAGGGUCUCUGAAGGGCAGUCGGUCUAUCAGGGCCUCUGCAGUCUGCAAGCACCUAACGGGCCGGCUGCCGGCGCUGCCGUGCACCAGCCCUCCUCGGCGAUCACCUGUGACCCGUGAUCAGCACCCAUGACCUGUGACCUGAUGAGCGCGGCCGUAGUGACCUGUCGCCCAGCCCCGGCUCCGGGCCGAAUCCCAACCGAGCACGUCCGCCCGUGGCGACUGUGAUGCCUCUUGUUGCCGUAUUGUAGUGCGUAGUGUUGAGAGCAGACAUCGGAUUCCUUGUUUAUUCUUUUACAAUGCUGUAUUUGGGCGUCUUUCACAAAUUGGUCGGUAGGAAUGCCUAGAGCCUGGUGCCGCUGGCCGGCCGACGGGUGCCCUGUCAGUUGGACAGGGUCCGGUCUAGAAGAGUAGCUCGGCCGGCCCCGUCAGCUCUCCAAGUUCUCAUGUUCUCACGUAGCUGUAAGACCCGCCCAGGUGCGUCUUGUCUCGAUUGCCUUCGUCUUUGAGCAGCAUGCUGAAUCUGCUGACCGUCCUCUCGGCAGCAGGUCCAUAUUUUAUCUCUGGCCCCGGGCCGCCAGCCGCGGCGCGGGAGCUCCAUCUUUCUCUCGAUAGCCGCUUUAAGCUCCCGUACAUUCCAGUUUCUUGCUCUCUAAGCCCGGUGCCGGCCGCUCGGGCGUCCCAGGGCGAGCCACGCGCGUUUGAGGCGGCUGAGUGCCCGUAGAUUCUGAAGAAGUGCGAGCCCUACCAGCCAGGGGCAGGUUGGAGCGGCAGUCGCCUGCGCCCCUUCCCGUCCUCCCCCUGGGCAGAAGUCGACUUUGACAGCCCUGUCUAUUGCCCCGCUCCAUUUCAUCUCCUUCUGAACUCCAGCCGUAUCAGCAGAUUUCUCUCGCGGUAAUCGUUGGCAGAAUGCCGCCGAGAGCAAGUUUGAUCGUGGAUUGCCGGUAUCGGAUUGGGUCUGACCGCCGCGUCAGCUGACGUCCAUGGUGGAAUGAUGUGUGAUGUGGCGUCAGACUGACUUGAGCAGGCGCGUGACGGGUGUCAGGGACGCGUGCGAUGAGCAUAAACCCACCUUACCUCUUGUCGAAUACAAUUAUCACUCAUUCA